AUGUCAAUUGUUUCGUUAUUGGGAAUAAAUGUCCUCAACAACCCUGCCAAAUUCACUGAUCCAUACGAGUUUGAAAUCACAUUUGAAUGUUUAGAACCACUUUCCCACGAUCUUGAAUGGAAACUCACGUACGUUGGUUCCUCCAGAUCAUUGGAUCAUGAUCAAGAAUUAGACUCCAUCUUAGUGGGGCCUGUUCCAGUUGGGGUUAAUAAAUUCUUGUUCCAAGCCGAUCCCCCAUCGCCGGAAUUGAUUCCUGCUUCAGAAUUGGUGUCGGUGACCGUCAUUCUAUUAUCGUGUUCCUACCGUGAUAGAGAAUUCGUUAGGGUUGGAUAUUAUGUCAAUAAUGAAUAUGAUACCGAAGAAUUAAGAGAAAACCCACCAAACAAGGUGCAAGUGGAGCAUGUCAAUAGAAACAUUCUUGCGGAAAAACCAAGGGUCACAAGAUUCAACAUUGUUUGGGAUAAUGAAGAGGUCGAAGAAUAUCCACCAGAACAACAGGAAGCUGAUUUGGAAGAGGAUGAAGAAGACUAUGCUGCCGAUGAAAUUGCCGAAGGUGAGGACGCUGAAGAUGCAGAAGACGAUGAAGUUGAAGAAGAUGAAGAUAUUGAAGCUGAUGACGACAAUGAAGAUACACAAGAGGCAGAUGAAGAGGAGGAGCCAAAAGAAACAGAUCAAGGCUCAAGAAGCAAAGAAGAUGCUCUAUCGGAAGAACCACCAACAAAAAAGAGAAAAUUUGAAGACUCCGAUAAUUCCAAACCAGAAGAUGCUGCAACUCCAGUGGAUAUCUCUCAGAUAGAGCAGCCGCCAGCUCAGGAUAUUUCCAUCAAUGACAGUAAUAUCGAUAAAGAAAGUACUGCUGAUACAACAGUUGUAUUAGAAUCGCUGAAAUAA